AUGGACCGCCACCUCCUCACUCUAUCUCUCCUCCUUCUCUCCGUCUUAUCAUCUCACGCAGAUGCAGCUUCUGUAGGAGUGAACUACGGCAGAAUCGCCGACAAUCUUCCGUCGGCGUAUAGGGUGGCGCAGCUUCUUAAGUCCCAGGGCUUGGAGCGGGUCAAGGUCUUCGACUCCGACCCGGCCGUGCUCCGAGCUCUCGCCGGAUCCAACAUCAAGGUCACCGUCGACGUCCCUAACGAGCUCCUUUCCUCCGUCGCCAAGUCCCAGUCCUUCGCCACCAACUGGGUCCAGCGAAACGUCGUCGCUUACCACCCCAACACUCAAAUCGAAGCCAUUGCGGUCGGCAACGAGGUCUUCGUCGACACCCACAACACCACCAAGUUCCUCAUCCCCGCCAUGAAAAACAUCCACACAGCUCUCAUCCACUUCGACAUCCACUCCGCCAUCAAAAUCUCCUCCCCCAUUGCCCUGAGCGCCCUUCAAAACUCCUACCCUGCUUCCGCCGGUUCGUUCCGACCUGAACUCGUCGAAACCGUUUUCAAGCCCAUGCUCGAGUUCCUCCGUCAAACCGGGUCCUACCUUAUGGUCAACGCCUACCCUUAUUUCGCUUACGAGUCAAACGCCGACGUCAUCUCACUAGACUAUGCUCUCUUCCGUCAAAACCCUGGUGUAGUUGACGCCGGUAACGGUCUCCGUUACUUCAGCCUCUUCGAUGCUCAGAUAGAUGCCGUUUUUGCUGCCAUGUCGGCUUUAAAAUACGACGACAUUAGCAUGGUCGUAUCCGAAACCGGCUGGCCUUCCAAGGGUGAUGAGAACGAGGUAGGUGCUAGCUUGGAGAACGCAGCUGCGUACAACGGCAACCUCGUCCGCCGGAUCUUGGCGGGCGGUGGGACCCCCCUGAGGCCAAAGGCAGAUUUGACCGUCUAUCUCUUCGCUCUGUUUAAUGAGGACAGGAAAAACGGGCCCACAUCGGAGAGAAACUACGGCCUCUUCUUCCCCAACGAACGCAAAGUUUACGACAUACCGUUUACUGUUGAAGGGUUGAAGAACUACCACGACCACCGGUCGCCUGUCGCUGGAAACCAACACAUGACCGCACCGGUCAACGGGGGUGGUGACGUGUCGAAGAGUUUGACCGGGAACACGUGGUGCGUGGCGAAUGGUGAGGCGGGGAAGGAGAAGCUGCAGGCGGCUCUAGACUACGCUUGCGGUGAGGGUGGGGCAGACUGCCAUCAGAUCCAGCCAGGCUCCGCGUGUUACGAUCCUAACACACUGGAGGCCCACGCGUCGUACGCUUUCAACAGUUACUACCAAAAGAAGGCACGUGGGGUCGGCACGUGUUAUUUUGGCGGGGCGGCCUACGUGGUCUCUCAACCACCCAAGUAUGGGAAAUGUGAGCUGCCCACUGGAUACUGA